CCGUUGCUAACGUUAGCUGAUGGAAACUGUUUCUAACGUGUACUGAUGUGUGGAAGUUUUUACAGACGGUUGUUUUGUCUUAUCUCAGAUUAAUAUUUUAUCACUUAAAGAUGAGUUCAGUCCAGAAUCUGAGAGAGUUGAUCAACCAGCGACUAACUGCUGCUGCUGAAGAAAUAUUCACAGAGUUUGAGAAAACCAUCGUCCAGUACGAGGAGGAGAUCGAUCGUCAGCGCAGACUGCUGGAUAACAUCUGGAAACCUGAGAUAAAGUUACACACAACAGACCUUCUGCAGCAACAUGUCCAGGAGGAGAAUGUUCUUGCUGAGCAGAAUCUCUGCAACCAGCAGAGGAACUCCAAUGUGGACCAGGAUGAUCCAGAUGCUCCACAGGUGAAAGAGGAACAGGAGGAACUGUGCACCAGUGGGGAGGGAGAGCAUCUUGCACUGAUGCAAGAGGCUAACACACUGGUUCAGUGUAAAUCCAACUGUGUAGAAAUAUCCAGAGAAAUAUUUCUUGUAUCUGAUAAACCACUCGGCCAGUUGGAUGAAGAGAUUGAUUAUCAGCCCAGGCUGCUGGAUCCCUUCUGGAAACCACGAAUAAUUUUACACAGAAUUGAUCACCCACAUCAAGAUGUCUGGAAAGAGAGGAAUGGUCUUGCUCAUCAGCAGCUCUGUAACCAGGAGAAGAAGUUUCGUCUGGAGCAGGAGGACCCAGAGAUUCCACAGAUUAAAGAGGAAGUGACGGAAUUCUGCACCAGCCUGGACCAGAAAGACCCAGAACCUUCACAGAUUAAAGAGGAACUGGAGGAACUCUGUACCAGUCAGCAGAAAGAGCAGAUUGUACUGAAUCAAGCUACUGAUACCUUUCUAUUGACUUCAGCUGAUAAGGACGGUGACCACAGUGAACUAGAACCAAACAGGGAUCAGCUCCUCUCUUCCAAUUCACCAGUAGCUGAGAGCCCACAUCAGGAGGGAAGUAAGCAUGUAGACUCAGGGUCAACUAGAAAUGCAGCGCUGAAGCCAAAGAAGAGUCAUAAAAGAGAGAGCAGUCACAGUAACAAUGUAGACAAGUCUUCAUUGUCAGGAAGUCACUGUGAUACAGACACAGGUAGAAAGUCUUUAAAAUGUGAUGUUUAUGGAAACACCUUUCAGAAUAAGUACCAAAUGAAGAAACAUCACCAAAUCCACAACAGUACAAAACCAAGUGCUGACAAUGCAUGCAGAAAAAAAUGUAAUUUAGGGUCUGACCUGAAAGUCCAUAUGGUCAUUGACAAAGUGGUUCCUGGAUGA